UCUUUAACAGAUCGGAGGAUUGCCGUGACGCACAAAGCGACACAAUCACGCGCACUACUGACUUCAUAUUUUUGAUGCCUGUAAACCCCUGCUUCAGAGUAGACACACUUUGGCUUCGCUGGGUUCAACGUUAAGACUGACCAAAUGCCCUUGCCCGCGAGAAAGAAGAAGAGCAAGAACAUCCUGGACUGCGUUCCAUCGACGGCCGAGGUGCCCCUAGGAUGGGUCACCUCUGGGGGCAUCUGGAAGAUCAACGUCUCGCCUAGCGAGACCACGACCCCCGAAGAAGAGGGGGAUGAGGAGGAGGAGGGCAAGGAGAACGCGUCCAACCAACACCAGAACAUUUUCCGCAGCCUGUUCCUCAUGCGCAUUACCCUGAAGGUCAUGGGCACCAUACCCAUGCACUACAACAAGGCAACCGGGACUUACGAGUUCCGGUGGCUCACUUUCUCAGCCAUGCACACCUGCGUCAUCUUCGCCUGGUUCAACAUCCUGUUGGUCACCACUGGCAUCGGUCUAGGGAGGCUGUUCACCGAGUGCGACUUCCUGGGUAAGUCGACCAGCCACGAGAUCGAACUCCUGACGGUCAUCAUCAUCGUCGGGUGCCUCCUGAACGCCUGGGUCGAGAUCUUCUACCUCCUCUGCCACCGGAACUCGUUCUGCUCCUACCUGGACGAGUGGCAGGCCAUCGCCCGGAGGACGGGACUCGACCCGGCCAAGGGGCUCAGGAGAAGCACGUCCAUUCUGGCCAUUUUCCUCUACACCUUCAUCGUGCUUGUGCUGAUUGCCAGUGCCUUCGGGGGCGACACUCUCGUCGGGGUGGAAGACGCCCUGGCGAAGGUGUUCCUCCUCAUUCCCGAGGAGUGGCUCAAGAGGGACAUAUUCAGCAUGACGGUACUGAGGCUGAUGGUGGGAAUCCUGAUCGGCCACUUGUACGUCGUGUACAAAGGAGCCUUAUUCGUGUUUGUGACAGCCUGCCACGUCCUGUACAACGUCUUUCACCAGUGGAAGGAGGAGCUCAACAAAACGAUGGACUUCAUCUGGCGGAUGGACAAGAAGGAGAGCGCAGUUUGCUCGGCCAUCACAGCUACAGUAGCAGCAGCCAUAGGAGUCGAGGUCGGGGAGAACAACCAGGCCUCUGAGGGCCACUGCGUAGGGAUGGCCGAACUCGUCGAGAACCACUGGACCAUCGUGAAGAUGGUCAGGUUCACAGAGAAGCUCUUCGCUCCGACGCUCCAGUGCUUUUACUCCACGCAGGUCGUGACACUGUGUUUGGAGCUGUACCUGGUGGCCUACAGGAUGAGUCUAGGGGAGCAGUACCAGGCAGAGGAACUGGCUUGGCAGACCAUAAUCAUAGCCCAGACCUUCAUUGUGUUCUUUCUCGUCUCGAUGAAGGCCAGUUACGUGUACGAAGAGGCUUCGUCAAGCGUGGAUAUACUGCGACGGGGCCUCCCGUACUCAGCAUCUGACAAAGAUAAGUUCCACUUCAAGGAGCUGGUGACGUCUGUCACAGGAUCGCCCAUUUGCAUCACAGGGGGAGGGUUCUUCUACAUCAACCGACCAUUCAUCAUCACCGUCAUCGGCGCUGUGGUAUCGUACUUCAUCAUCAUCCUGCAAUUAAUGCUGCCUUCGGUACAAGAUAAAGCGCAGAACGAAAGCCGGUCAAAUAAUAUGAGUCUCUCCACUGCAAUAAUAUGAGUCUCUCCAAUACUUAACGUUCAGCGUAUCAUAGAAAACGAAAAUUCUACUUCAGAGAAAAUGAGUAAAUUUCACUCCUUGAAUGGGGGACUUUACUCCCGGAAUUUCAUUGUUGGGCGGAGAACUUUUAUUGUAAAAAAUAAAUAAAUAAAUAAAUAUAUAAAUAAACUAUUAAUUUUAUGGAGUAAUUUUUCAACAAUGUAGAGAGCAUUGGGAACUAUGUUCCCAAAUCAUCAGUGUAGGUUAAGUUUCAGUUUCAAAGGAAAUUGAUGCUAAAGAAUCAUUACCUACACUUAGCAGUGAUUAUUAUCCACAAAAUAUUGCAUGGACUAAUUUUAUGGCUAGAAUUAUGGUUCCUUUGGUUGUUGGUUAUUCUAAGAGUGUUUAAAAGUAUAAUAAGGGUCACAGCAUAUUAAGUAUUUUUAAAUAUCACUGAUCCACAUAGGGUGUCGUCUAGUGUAACUCAACCAUUUUGGACUAUACAAAUGCUAAAAGUUUAUGGUUAUAAAAUUACUUUUCAAAUAUUAUUUCAAUAUGCUAAGGUUUUCUGGUUAUAAAAUUACUUUUCAAUUGUCAUUUCCUUUAACAGGCAUCAAAUAUCUCUUAAAGUAUUAGAAACAGAACCUAAUAACGUGUAAUAUUGAAUAUCUCUUCAUUAAAUACUGCCACGUAUAUUACUUCGUGUGUAACUAAGGCGACGCCUGCAAGUUUUGUUUUAUCUGUCACAUUCAGUAAGUAGUUCGUCACGUGAAACUACAGGCGAUGAAUAAGUGCCUUGUAAUUCAAGAAGCGUUUAUUAAUAAAUGUUUUUCAAAAAUA